CCUCCUCCUCCUCCUCCUCCUCCUCCUCCUACUCGGUCACCCCCAGGGGCGCGAAGAGAAUCGCUCUUCGCAUCGCGGCUUGGGUUGGGGAGGCGCCCUUCUCUUGGGUGGCCCCGCGUGGGCGCGAAGGUGACCGCGCGUCGCGCAUCGCGGGGCGCUGCGCGCGAAGUUUCGCGACCUGAGGUACGUCAAGCCGGAAUCGGCGAUCCUCGAGCAUCCCUCGUGGCCCCCCCCCCCCGAGGCGCAGGUCCUUGACAGCCUUGAGGAGGUGCGGGCCGACCUCUCCGGUUCGCUGGCCCUCGUGCGCAGCUCGAUGAACGCGCUGCUCGGCGAGGUCAUGCAGGUGAAGGCCGAGCUCCAGAGGCAGGCGCAGCCCGUCCAGGCCGCCCAGGCCGACCUGGACCUGUCGCCGGUCGUCGCGGAGAUCCAGGCCGUCAGGCAGGUGCUGGUCGCGGAGAUGCGGGGUGGCAAGGCCGAACCCGACCUCUCCCCGGUCGUCGCGGAGAUCCAGGCCCUCAGGCGGGAGGUGGACCUCUCCCCGGCCAUCGCGGAGAUCCGGAGUAGUAAGGCGGACUUCGGCGAGGUGAGGGCGCAGCUGCAGGCCCUGCGAGACGCGCCCCAGGCCGGCCUGGAGCAAAUCGCCAGGCAGGUGGAUCGGCUGGCUUCAGAUUUGGACGCGCUGCCGAAGGAGAUCCAGAAAAGCAGAGAGGCGCCUUGGGUCGGAGCCCGGGGAGGACUCAGAUGGACGCGCUCUUGGACGCCACGACAGACAAGUUCGAUGCACUUGAAGGCCAGGGUGCCUCGACAGAGCCCACCGGGAACGUCUUCCUGUCCCUGGACUUGGCGAACGACGCAACGUCUGGCGUCGGCGAGUCGAGCAUCGCCUCCGCGGGCAGCACUUGCCGCAUCGGCAUGGAGACCUCCCGGAGGGGGUUGGCCAGCCGCAGAGCUGUUCGGCGUCCGCGUAUGCCGACGAGGACGUGAUGGACAUGGACGACCUCUCGGUGAAGAUCGAUUGCAGACAGCUCGACGCGGCUCUGUGGGAGCUGCGCUGACGGCAUCCUCCGCGCACAGCGAAGAAGAAGCACCGGCACAAGCAUAAAAGUUCAGAGGGCCGCGCGGAUCUCUUGGAUCGGCGCUGGGCCCCCCUGACGGCGCCUCCGGCGCCGCCCCUGGCACGCUACGCGCGCCAGGGAAGGAGGCCAAGCGCCGAUCCACGAAUUCCGCGCGGUGCUCCGAAAGUUUAUGUUUCUGCAGGGAACCCUUCCUCUAGCACAGGAUGCGCGUGUGAUCCCACCGAGACUGUAGGAAUUCGGCGGAAUUUGUUGAGCUUGACUCGCAUCCUUACGAGAAGUGCGCUUAAGGCGCGACUGACGGCCUCCAAGCGGGUUCGUUUGCAUGCGAAAGGCGGGCCGCGACCCCGCGAGCGCUGGACGCGCGGAGCCAAA